UGUUAAAGUAAAAGGAGGGUGGCUCGGGGAUUGCUGCAGCCAUAGAGCGACAUGGCAGUGCCACUUUGGCUAUGUCGAAUCCUCAACCAGCCCACAAGCUCGAUUUACUUUUUAGACAGUGCCGGGCCGCCCCCUUCCUCCAUUUGUCCUUAAAGGGGCAGCGACGAUUACCCAAGAAGCUCUGCCCAGCCCGCCAACCGCACCCCAUCGGCAGACGUCCACGCCCUUCUUCGCCUGGCGGAGCCCGCGCUUGACAGGCGACUACUCGGAGGAGAAGAGUCGGGGAAGUUAAUCAAGUCGACGUCUCCCCUCCCCCGGCCCAGAAGAGGGGUGCCGCGCCGCCAUGGAGCCGUCUAACACCUCCAAAGGCUGCGUAGGGCAGUGUACCAGCUUCACCCGCACUCACAAAGGAGCGAUCCUCCUCGCGGAAAUAAUUGCGUGUAUCCUCAUCCUGAUCUGCUAUGGGGCCUCAAGUGCACCUGGCUACACAACGCUGCCCAUCUUCAUGAUGAUUUAUUGCAUCAUCAUUUUUAUCAUCUUCAUGUUAGGCUUGCACAGCCAGAUAACUUUUAUCCACUGGGGAUGGACGGAUUUCCUAAGGGCUCUUAUUGGAGCUAUUUCCCUCUUCAUCAUCUCCCUUAUCGCCCUCAUACGGUAUCAUGAUGGACCUGGCAUCGCUGCUGGGGUGUUUGGAAUUCUGACGGGAAUCCUUUUUGGCUAUGAUGCCUACACCAUCUUACCAAACCUCAGGAGAGCACAUACAUCAGCUCCCACUGGGACUACAGAAGGGAUCUGAAAGCAAGUCAUUCUCUCUCUUCCACCUCAUGACUGAGCACCGACACUGGACCCAUCUGCUAAGGAGUCAUGCUGGGCCUCCCAGUGGAAAACUACCCCAGUCUAUAAAUUUGGCAACAUAAUGGGGUCUCUCUCUCUCUCUCUCUCUCUCUCUCUCUCCCUCUCACCCUCCCUCCCUCCUGGAUGUCUCAACACAGGUCACCAAUCCUUGAAACACUCCCCUAAUUUCCACCAACUCUCUCCCCUAUUUCUGACUGUGACCUCAAUGGAAAAGGAAAGUAGCUUUCAGGCACCAUAAGAAGUAUUGACUCCAAUAAAUGGGAUUGCAGGGGGUAGGUGGAGAGGGAAAGCUUCUGAUCACUUAAGGGAUCAAACAGCUGCAGCAAUGGGAUGAAGGGCGAAGAAAUGGAUUCUGUCUCCAGUUCUAGGAAAUGGGGUUCAGAAAGUAGAAUGGAAGAGGAUUCCACGCUCUCAUUUUAAGUGCCUUCCUUUUCUCUAUGCCUCAGUUUCUCCUCAUUUAAAAUGGUGAGAACAGACCAGAGGCUGGUGCUUGCAUCUCCUUUACUUAUAGGCCUAGCUUACCCAGGUGUCCAGAUAAGAGAGAGCUGUUCUUAAGAAAUCUAAUAAAUAGGUUGAUAACUCUAGAGUUGCUUUGAAUGCGGUUGAGAUUUUAUUACCCCAUCUUGAAAGCCAGUUAUGAUGGAAGAUUACUAUAUUUUUUUAAAGUAGGUGAACACUUAAGCCCUGCCCUACUUCUAUAAUCCCUUUCUUACCCCUCUUAUUUCCUAACCAAAAGAGGUUGACAGUAUAUUUACAUCGAGUCACUUUCCCCUUUCCUCUGCACCAGGCUUUAAACAGGCGUCAGGGUUUGAAGGCAUCACACUUGCGUGUGUGCUUUCAUACUGUGCAAGCGAAAAGAUGGUUGAAGAGAUGUUUUAGAACUGAGUGAGCAACAGCUGCUGAAACCUGGCUCGUGGGAUUCUGAAUCAUGUUUUGAGGGAUGGGUUCCAAUGCCCUGCUUAUUGCCUCUCCCUUUUUGCAGAAUAAUGAACAUAAAAAUGGUGUAUUUCAGAACUAUAGGGGGAGGGUAUGCAAAUUCAUCCACUUUAUAUAGAUCACAGAAUUCAGUUUUCUUGGCAGAGAACCUGGGAUACCUUGGUGCAGACUUUCUGGUUUUUAUUUUGGUGUACUGUACACAGCCUUGGUUAUAGGCUCUGCAAUAUCCUGUUGUCUGUUUCCCUAUCUAUAAUAUAAGGGACCUUUUUUCUGCUAGGGGAAUGAGGAGCUGUUGGUACCCUUCAAUGUUUGUAUCUUGCCCAUAUGAAAUAGGGACAGAAGGAGGCAAGGAAGGAGAGGUACGUUUCCUAUCCCAAACUGCCAGACUACCCUGUUCCCUCUUGCUCUUUCUGCCCCUCUCCUGUCUGCCUCUCCGGCAGCUUGAAUCUAUUUUGUGCUUAUUCAAAGAAAGAAAUGUUUUAAAAUGUAAAUAAAAUUUGCUGAAUUGGUACAAACA